CCUAAAACCCCAGGUUACGGUUUCAACGAAUAAUAUAAAUAGUGAGCAACAUCCCCCAGUAGAUUUUCACAAGCAUUAUAAGCAGCCCUCGAAUUUGUUGUUCACAAAACCCUACGCGUCCUCACUCAAUUAACUGCCAUGGAUAUUGAAGAGGACAUCAAGGCACUGCAGCUUGAUUCAUCCGCUGAAGAUAGUGUGGCGGUUAAUGUGGAAGACGGAAGACCCGAUGAAGCUAUAAAACGUGAUAAAACUGAUGGAGAUGAUAGUGUUAUGACAGAAGAGAGGAAGCCAGAUGAUGUUGAAAAACCUGAUAUGCCGGAAGAUGAGUUGAAAGAUGAAGCACAUCCAGACUUAAAGCCAAAGCAUGUCGAGCCAAAGGAUGUCGCUGGAAAAGAAGCUUCACCCUCGGAAGAUACUCCGGGGGAGGUUGAAGCCAAUAAAAAGAGGCACCUGAAUGUGGUAUUUAUUGGUCAUGUGGAUGCUGGAAAGUCGACUAUUGGAGGACAAAUACUAUUACUUAGUGGUCAAGUUGAUGACCGUACUAUACAGAAGUACGAGAAAGAAGCGAAGGAUAAAAAUAGAGAGAGCUGGUAUAUGGCCUAUAUUAUGGAUACAAAUGAAGAGGAGAGGGUGAAGGGAAUAACAGUUGAAGUAGGAAGAGCGCAUUUUGAAACAGAGACAACAAGAUUUACAAUUCUGGAUGCCCCGGGUCAUAAGAGCUAUGUUCCCAAUAUGAUCAGUGGAGCAUCUCAAGCUGAUAUAGGUGUGCUGGUUAUAUCUGCUAGAAAGGGUGAAUUUGAAACUGGAUAUGAAAGAGGUGGGCAAACACGUGAACAUGUUCAACUGGCAAAGACUCUAGGGGUUACAAAGCUUAUUAUUGUUGUAAAUAAGAUGGAUGAUCCUACUGUCAACUGGUCUAAAGAAAGGUAUGAUGAGAUUGAGUCAAAAAUGAUUCCAUUCUUGAAAUCGUCUGGGUACAAUGUCAAGAAAGAUGUUAAGUUCCUUCCGAUCUCUGGGCUUUUGGGUUCAAAUUUGAAAACUAAAAUGGAGAAAAGUGUAUGCCCAUGGUGGAGUGGUUCCUGUCUUUUUGAAGUCCUGGAUUCUGUCGAAGUUCCACCUCGAGAUCCUAAUGGUCCAUUGAGAAUGCCUAUUAUUGACAAAUUUAAAGACAUGGGAACUGUCGUUAUGGGUAAAAUUGAGUCUGGAAGCAUACGUGAAGGUGAAAAUCUACUAAUUAUGCCAAAUAAGGCUUCUGUAAAAGUUCUUGCCAUAUUCUGUGAUGAAGACAGAGUAAGGCAAGUUGGUCCUGGGGAAAAUGUACGUGUUAGGUUAUCUGGAGUUGAGGAAGAUGACAUUUUGUCAGGCUUUGUCUUGUGCAGUGUUGCAAAACCCAUACCUGCAGUUACUGAGUUUGUCGCACAGUUACAGAUCCUUGAGCUGUUGGACAAUGCUAUUUUUACUGCUGGAUACAAAGCUAUAUUGCACGUCCAUUCGGUUGUUGAGGAAUGCGAGAUUGUUGAACUGAUGCAGCAGAUUGAUCUAAAAACAAAGAAACCUAUGAAGAAAAAACCUCUGUUUGUAAAGAAUGGCGCUAUUGUUUUAUGCCGUGUUCAGGUGAAUAAUAUGAUAUGUGUAGAGAAAUUCUCCAACUUUGCACAACUUGGACGAUUCACUCUUCGCACUGAAGGGAAAACUGUUGCUGUGGGGAAAAUUACUGCACUGCCUACUGUUGCUGAUAAUGCAUAAACAACUUAGUGACUCAAAAGGGGCCUAGUUAAGUCGAGCUUACAAGGUUUUCAUUGCACGCCGCUAGAGCAGUGGCAGCAUAGACGUGUGGUCCUCUACAGCAUUUAUUGGAACAGAAUUUGGUCCAUCGUUCAGAUAACACACAUAAAUGUUCAUCAGUUUGGUGUCUCCAUAGCGUGGUAUUGUUUCUGGUUUUUGUUAUUUUCACCUCCAUCCAAUGAUGUAUUGUUAUCUAGAAUGAUAGCCAGUAUGAGGCUAUUUGGUUAUACACUUGUGCCCAUCAUGACUUACCAAAAUUUUGGUUUUGAAACUUAAGCUCAGGUGAGCUGCACAUCCGUUAUUCAAUUCUUGAGACUGACUGCGAUUAGUUUAUUGAGCUGAUCUUUAUAUAAUCCAGGCUUACCCAAA